GCAGGGUUGGAGCCCUCCCACACGUGUCUGUGUGUGUGUGCCUAAUGCUAAACCAGACAAAGCCUUGUAGCUCCUUCGAGAAUCAGUUUUACAUUGCUUGCAGUCUCUCUCUCUCUGUCUCUCUCUUCACACUUUCAGUACAGUCUGAAUGGGUGGGUGCUGAGUGGGUGAAAAGCAAGGAGUUCAUGAGAGAGAGUAGGAGAGAGAGAGAGAGCGAGAGAGCGCACGAGCGAGCGCAGCCACUCGUCCUCACUCCAGGCUCUAAGUUUAAAGGCAGCCAGGCAGAUUUUCUUGGCUUGGAUGCAGCGCUCAUGACAGGAUUAGGAGCCUGGGAUACAGGAUCGACCGGAGAUCUGCAGGUCCUAGUGGACGAGCCCAGGUCAGAUUCUCACCCUGCGCAGUCGUGACUGACCUGUAUCCCUUCCUCAUCCAACUUCCGAAGCUGACCUGAUUGCCAGGCUCCAUCCUCUCCUCUCCUGUCAUGCGUCUCCUUGCUUCACUCCUGCUCUUGCUACUUCUUGGAUCAGUGGAACCCCGGAGAGGCCCUCGGUCAAAGGCUGUGGAGAGGGGCGCUAGGGGCCAUGUACGGGGUAGAGGCAGGCCCGGCGUCAUGAGGCGUCAAACUGAGGUGUGCUUGGAAUACACGGAGGCAGGAGAAAAGUACCUUGACUGCCAGGAUAGGCAGCUGACCACUGUGAUGCAGGACUGGCCCAAAGAUAUCCACCACCUACUGCUGGCGAGAAAUAGGAUUCAGGUUUUGAGGGACAACAUGUUUGCUCAGUUCACCCAGCUGAAGAGCUUGGAUCUCCAGCAGAACCACAUCUCCAGGGUGGAGGACGAUGCGUUCAGUGGCCUCUCCCAGCUCAAAACCCUGCUCCUCCAGCACAACCAAAUGAUGACAGCCUCCGAGGAGAUCCUGCUGCCCCUACCCCGCCUUACUUAUCUCCGUCUCUAUGACAACCCGUGGAGCUGCCUGUGUCCCUUGGAAAGCUUGAUCAGAAAACUGCAGCUGCCAGGCAACCGCAACCUGGGCAAUUACGCCAAAUGUGCAGAGCCUCUUUCACUGAAGGGUCAGAAACUGAAAAAGUUGAAUGUAGACUUGCUGUGUGAGGAAGACAUUGGGCCAGAACCUGGUGUUGUAGAACGGCCAAAGCCUCCGCCAAAAAUAGGGAAGCCAGAUGCCACCUCCAUGUGCCGCACAUACAUGUUUCCCAAACCGCUGCUGGACUGCAGCAACAAAGAUUUGAUUAGCAUCCCACCUGACCUGCCAUCUGACAUAGUGAGGAUGGAUCUGUCCAACAACAAAAUAAAACAUCUCAAGCCAAAACAUUUCGUGCUGUCCAAAGACCUCAAACUUCUCAACCUCAGCAGUAACAACCUGCACCAUAUAGACACAGGUGCAUUUGCAGGCCUGCUGUACCUCCGUGAGCUUGACCUCUCCAACAACAGUCUCCAAUACUUCCAGUACAGUGUACUCGAGGACCUCUACUUCCUACGGAAGCUCUCACUGGACAACAACCCCUGGUUCUGCGACUACAACAUCCACUACCUAAAUUACUGGCUCAAGCACCAUCCUGGCGUCCAUCACACUGGCUUGAUCUGCUCAGAGCCGCCGGAGUUCAAGGGCUGGCGUGUCGCGGAUUACGUCAAGACCUACAACGGGGAAUGUCCUGUAGAUAAACAAACAGAAGGGACAGAUACAGGACAGGGGGCACAAGAACAGUCAGAAAAUGACGCACAGAAGCCAGGGAUGGACAAUAGUGAUGGACAGGGUGCAAAUCUUCCACAACACCUGAAAAAGGCGGCACCAAACAAAUUUAAAAUCAUCAGGCUGAGCUAAAAUGCAGACGGCUCAGAGGACUGGUAGAAAUGUAUACAAUAAGAUUGAAAUGGAUGUCUGAAAACAAGCUGAACAAUGGCUUAAUAAAAGGAGGAACUCUGUUUUGUGGUAAAAUCCAUUACGCAGGCUUUUAGGGAUAAAGCUACCCUGUUUUGUAUGGGUUGCAGAAACACCUAACAUUUUCUUGGAGUUUAUUGUUUGUUUAUCACUUUUCUCUCUUACCGUAAUUUUAAUUUUGACUUCAGGAUAUACUUUUUUUCUUCUAAAAAGUAGUUUUUGGUCUUUUGGUAUUAACGUAUGCUUUUGUCUACUUGUUUUCAGGAAAUAAAAUGUGUUGUUUUUUGUAUUGUUUUUUUCUGAAAAUGUGUUUUACUAUGUGAUUGAAGGCAAGAGAUCAUGAAAUUUCCAGAUACAUUGCAGGUAAUGUGUCAAGGAUCACAAAUGAUUAUUGCUAAAGUGUUCCAUAUUCCAUAUCAUUAGCUGCUUAUGGUGAGGGCGCUGGAGCCCAUUUCAGCUGAAAUUGUGCAAGAGGCAUUGUGCACCCUGGACAUUUCACCAGUUCAAUUAAUGAAUGUCUUUGUGAAGAAACACACACAGGCACAGAGAGGGUACGUAAACACUACAUAGAAACUCCCAACACGAUGAGAAGGUUCUUGCUGUUUACUGAUCACCACUGGAGACUCCCAAGCAAUGAAAAAUUAUCCAUACAAUGUAAUAGUGAUCAAUUUAAAAGCCAAGAAGCUUAAAUUUAUAAUGUAUUUUUCAUGUAUUUUUUAACUUAAAUACAUAAUGUAAUGAGUCCCAAGACGAACCUAAUACAAUUUAAUGUUCGUUUUUUUUUCAAGGACAAGGCACAUUAAUCACCAUUAGUAUAAAUGUGCUAUUUUUUGCCAAAUGGCUCAUUUUGAGUUGUUUUUCCUGGGCCAGAUGUUAAAUUAUCCAUUAAAGGGCUAUAAAACAUAAAAGAACACAAUCAAAGGCCAUUAAAUAAAAACUAAAACAGGGUCAAAACUUGAGAGAAUGGAGCAGGUAGCAUGGAAACAAUGCUCUGCAAAAGUCUAGGAAAAUGGGAAAUGUGUGCAUAAGUCUAGCAAGCUUUAAAGUCAGUAUUUAGUGUGACCACCGUUAUUCUUCAGCACACCCUGAACUCUUAUAGGAAAAAUUCUUGAAUUCAUAAUUCCAUCAAUUUAGGCAAGAUCUCCUACACCACUGAAAUGUAGCCCCAAACCAUCA